GUGGAUCCUCGUUGGAUGAACGGUAGUGGUGACCGGCCGUUCGUUUCGGUAGCCAUCUCGAGUAUAAAAGCCGCUUCUGCCGGCGCCGCGCUUAGUCUCGCUCCGUGGCGACCGAUUGUGAAACGACGCUCUCGACAUGGAGGUCCGCGUGAUAUUAAUAACGACACUGACAAUGGUAGGAAUUGCUUUGGCGUUUCCACAAAAGGACGGACAGAUUUUCAGCAACGAGGCUAUAAAACAGGCGCAGAACACGUACCUUAUUCCGAAGGAUGCGACGAUACAAAAAGUACAGGAAGGAAUCGAAUUGGCUGCGUACGAGUCGAUUCCAGGCGAUCAAAAGAUCAAUCUGUUCGAAAUUCUGGGUGAACACGUUCCACCGGAAGUUGUGAACAACCUUCAAUCUCAGAUUGAUCAAAUAGGACGGAAUUAG